CACCCAGUACUGAUUGGCACAGGUGUGAAGCUGAUCGUCAGCCUGCUCUGAACCAUGGCACUGUCAGCAGCUUUUACAACUUUCUCUACUGUAUGGCUAACGAUUUGGUCGCACUGAUGGCUUUAUGAGUAAAAAUGUAUCUAAACUUCAACUUCUCAUCUUUUCCUGUUGACUCCAAUUCAUCCACCACAUCGGACAUUGAGAGAUCGCUAGAGCUCACUCACCGCGCCAUUAAAGUCUGCGUAAUAGUGGCUCUGGGUGUGAUGAUUACUCUGGGGAAUAUUGCAGUUCUCCUGGUCAUCUCCUCCUCCGUGACCGGGUGGUCAAGAAACUCCCGGUACCUGCUGCUGUCUCUCACCGCUGCAGACUCGGCCUUUGGACUGCUGGUCAUGCCCUUGAAUCUGUGGGUGAGUCUGGUCAAGGACUAUAACGAAGGGCCAGAUGCGCUUUGUCACGUGGUGGCCUUUUGCAACGCUACGGUCUACUCUACCUGCAUAUACACACUGGCAACCAUCAGUCUAGAAAGAUACGUAGCAGUGUUUUACCCGCUCAAAUAUUGCGCCAUUUUGACCAGAAAAAGGACUUUGCUGCUCAUAGCCUUUUCGUGGUGCUUUCCCCCAUUUUUGUUACUCCCAAUAUCUCUGCCAACAGACAUUAUCCAAGUACACUUUUCUACGGCUUCAUUGGUCUGUAACCCCUCGUACUCCACAAAUGUGCUUUACUCCCUGAGCCUGACUAGUUUGAUCUUUUUCCCUUGUUCUAUUAUUAUGACCUACUGCAACCUGAGAGUGUGGUGCGCAGCCAAAAAACAGAGACUGAAAUUGCGCCAAUAUGACUGUGCUCGCCGCAGCAGGCCCAAUGUGGCAUCCAGGGUGCUCGUGCCCGUGAUGGCAGCAUACUACACUUGCUGGACUCCUUGUAUAGCCGCUAUGAUCUACAAUGCAGUCUCUGGGAGAAGUGUACCAGAGUGGGCAGAAUUUGUUGUGGUGUGGCUGCCAACCUCCAAUGGCUUCCUCAACUGUAUCUUCUAUUUCUGGAUAAACCAAAGUUUCCGCAGGAAAUUCUACCACAUCCUGCAGAAGCUCACCCUGGCCUUAUGCCCAAAGAUGGCCCAUAUCUUUGGGUGCUACUCUACUUCCCAGAUUCAAAUUGUGUCCAACAUUUUUGACAAUAACAACAGUGUACACGGGCGGUCAGCCAGCGUAUCGUCCACAACCACUUUACUGUCCUUGGCAUAGGACCUCAGCAUCACAAGAGCAACCCUCAGAAUUGCAGACAAUCUUCCCCUGUGAAUUUUCUGCUGUGCUGCCAGACUCUGUAGACCUGAUAAUGAAAUGGUAUGGUAUGAAAUGGUAAGAAAUGAACUGCAACACUCAAGUGGCAAUGUAAUACAAACAUGUACAGCUUCAAGCAUCAUAAUUUAAUUUUGUUUUAUAUUUUUAUUUAGUUUCAGUCAUGGUUUCUGUUCUGUUGAGUGGAACAUGUUAACUUUUGUCUGGAUUAUGUAUUAGGGUUUUUGUUUUACUCAUGUACAUUUGAAUACACUGUAAAUGGUCUCUUAACUCACCCUUUUAGUUGUUUUAUAGUUUGUGACAAACCUAUGUAAAGCCACUGUUUUUAUAUACUUAAAUGUGUUUGCAAAUAUCAGUGUUUCUUACUUUAAAAUUCAGAUAUCAGAUAUUUAUAAAUUCAUUACCAGGACCAGAUAUGAAAUGUUGACAAACUGGCAUUGAGAUUAGUAGCACUUUGAAGGAUUGUGGCCAUCUAGCAUGCUGCCAGUUUAAGGCCUUGGCAUAUCAGCUGAAAGACGUUAACCUUUUAAGUUGUGCUGUUUCAUGUACCUAAGGAGAAAAGUAAUUAAGCAGUUACACUUUAGAAAGGUCAACACAUUUGUGCCAGCUGGAGAUAACUCUGGUACCUGCAAGCUGCUUUGGAUGUGAUUGCAAGAUAUCCAUUAUAUCCAUCCACAAGGUUGGUUUUAAUGUAAGUCCUGAUUCAAAAUAAUUGUUGAACAGACAAUGGAAAAGCAAGGUAAUUUUUAUGAUGCCAUUUUUAGAGAUGGAACCAGAGCUGUUGCCCAUGACUCACUGCUACAUUUUGAUGACUCUUGUCAGUUGCACUGUUAAACAAAUUACAAAAAAUCUUAAAUUUUGUAUGUUUAUGUAAAUCUAAUGUUUUUGCAUAGUUGUGUAAAUAAAGUAUAAUGCCUUUAA